CAGUUUCCAAUUUUCUCAAAAUCUUAAAUCAUUCUCUCAAAUCUCUCAACCGUGAUCAAGAUGCAGAUCUUUGUUAAGACUCUCACCGGAAAGACUAUCACCCUCGAGGUGGAAAGCUCUGACACCAUCGACAACGUUAAGGCCAAGAUCCAGGACAAGGAAGGCAUACCUCCGGAUCAGCAGAGGUUGAUCUUCGCCGGAAAGCAGUUGGAGGAUGGUCGCACUUUGGCGGAUUACAACAUCCAGAAGGAGUCGACCCUUCACUUGGUGUUGCGUCUCCGUGGAGGUAUACAGAUCGUUGUCAGGACUUUGAGCGGCAAUUAUAUCGUUUUUGAAGUUGAGGGCUCUGACACCAUUGACAACGUCCUGGCCAAGAUCCAGGACAUGGAAGGCAUUGCUCCGGACAAGCUGCGUAUCAUCUUCGAGGAAACUGAAAGCAGCUCUGAAUCUGAUGAUGAAUAAGCAUAUGCCUAUUAUCGAUGUGUCAAAGAUAUGCAUAUUAAAAUCCUCUUAAGCAA